AGCAUCAGCCAUGGUCUCAGUGUUUGUGCAGAUGGGCAAGUGGGAAAGCCAUAGUGAUGCCGCGAGCACGGUUGCGCGCAGUGAUUCUGGCACGUUGAAGAGCGACUCACCUCAACUCUCGCCACGCUCUUCCAGUCAGGGAGACGUGUGUGAGGGUGACUGCCCUAAGGUGGUUGUGAGGAGUACCUUCAUUGACUUGGAUGACCAAAGUAUGGCGCGCAGCUACAGGAAGCUCCGGCGGGUGAAGACGGACAGCAUGCUUGCCUUGGAUGUGCUUGAAGAUUAUGAGCCGGGCAAGUUCAGCGAUGAACAGGCGGAAAAGUUGUCCGCCCCUCCCUCUCCUCCCUCUCCAGCCAAGGCCGAGGCUGAAGUAAGGAGCGAGAGCGAGAGUGAGCGAAGCAACAAGAGCUCUUCGGGAGUGAACUUGGAUCAAAGUGCACACACCACGGUGAUGCUUCGCAACCUUCCCAACAACUACACUCGGGACAUGUUUCUGGCUUUAUUGGAUGAGCAGGGUCUGGGAAACGCCUACGACUUUGUCUAUUUGCCCUGCGACUUCUACCGAGAUGCCAACCUGGGCUACGCCUUUGUGAACCUGGUGGACCAGGCCGCGGUGCAGGAAGUCUGGCGGAUCUUCGACGGCUUUUCGGAGUGGUCCUUGCCCAGUGCCAAGGUGUGCCAAGUGAAGUGGAGCGGGCCACACCAGGGCCUGAAGGCCCAUGUGGACCGCUACAAGAACAGCCCGGUGAUGCACCGGAGCGUCCCCGACGAGUACAAGCCGGUCAUCUUCCAGAAUGGGGUCCGCAAACCUUUCCCCCGGCCAACCAAGAAGGUCAAGGCACCUAUGUCUUCUUUCUGAAUCGAUUUGCAGACACUUUCUGGAUAAUUGGCCGCAACGGAAGGCUAGGGCACUUCAAGGGUUAUUUUUUUUCCGCUGCAGCUGUGCGCACUUGGUCCUCUCAACGUAUUGGCCCCUAAUACCGAUCCUGUACAGGAGGAGUACAGGUGGCCAACAAUUGGCCACGAGGCUGCCUCCAUGCCUCUCGGGGCUGCAUUUGGAAGCGCACCAGCCAAGUCGGCGAAGUUGCAACUGAAAUUCGAUCUCUUUUUCCCUGAAAGGAUGGCCAGAGUAGGGAGAUGGUAAAUGAUCCCCCUGUUUCCGUGCCAAUUCACGCAUCCUUUCCGGUUCCGUUGUCACCCGAAAUGCAAAGUGGGCGACCGAUUGGCCAGGCGUCAAGAAGGGCUGGCGAUUUUGUUCGAUGCACAGUGCCUAUGGCCCAGGAUCACUUGGAUAACCUGGGCCUUGAGAGAGGCAAAUCAUCGAAACCCCGACCGCCGAAACCGCAGACACCGCGUGCGCCC